AUGGCAUCCUACGGGGCACCAGGUAUUCCAUGUUUCCCACCACCAGAUAUCCCCCAUGGCAGGCGCACCGGGACACACAUAGAUGACUUCACGUAUGGGGAUUCUGUGACUUACACCUGUGAAAAAGGCUUCCCCCUUGUUGGAAAUGCCUCCAUUCACUGUACUACGAAGGAUGGGCUCAAUGGAGUGUGGAGUGGCCAUGCAUAUUGCGGAGUGACUCAAUGUCCAACUCCUGAAGUUGAGAAUGGAAGAAUAGUGGCUGGUGAUUCUGGCAAAUACACAUAUAACCACAGAGUGACAUUUGGCUGCAGUGCUGGCCACAUACUAGCUGGCUCGAGAGAGAUCCAUUGCCAAUUGGAUGGCACAUGGGACCCACCUCCACCUCGCUGUGAACGGGUACCACAGUGUUCCUUGCCACCAGACAUUGCCAAUGGAAAGCACAGUGGCAUUCCUGGGCAAAUCUUUACUUCCCAAAUGUCUGUGACUUACAUCUGUAAUUCUGGCUAUUCGCUAAUUGGAAAUGCCUCUGUUUCUUGUAUGGCUUCUGGACACUGGAGUCAUCCUCCACCUCGCUGUGAAGUCACUGGAUGUGCAAGUCCAAAAGUUCAGAAUGGAAGAAUAGCAAGAUCUCAAAUGCUGUUUAAGCCCAGGGACAGAAUUACAUUUGAAUGUGAUUCUGACUACAUCUUGAAAGGCAACCAUACAAUUCAGUGCCAAUCUGACGGCACAUGGAACCCUUCUGUGCCCAUCUGUGUCGAGGUGGUUCAAUGCCAGGCACCACCAUACAUCCAAAAUGGGACUCACAGCCACCAGGAAACAGCCGUGUUUACUGAUGGAAUGUCUGUGAACUACACUUGUGAGCCUGGCUACGCCCUUAUUGGCCAGGCAACGAUCUAUUGCACAGCAUCUGGCACAUGGUCAUCCCCAACCCCUCGCUGUGAAGCAAUGAGAUGCCACAGACCCCCAUAUGUCCAAAAUGCAAGGUACAGCUUCCAGGAAGGAACAGAUGGAAUAUCUGCGAAGUACACAUGUGAGCCUGGCUACACUGUUGUUGGAGAGGCAACUCUUGAUUGCCUGUCCUCUGGCGCAUGGAGUCUCCCUGCCCCUCGCUGUGAAGCGAGUAGCUGUGGCCCUCCAACUAGAUUAAGCUUCGCUGAGCUGGCCGAUGAGUAUAAAGAAAAACCUUCCUUUCCUGUUGGCUCGACUGUGAAGUAUGUGUGCAGGCCUGGCUAUGCUAAGCAUCCUGGAUUGAAGGCCUCGAUCACAUGCCUUAGCAGCCAGGAAUGGUCAGAAGUUCAGGAGUUCUGCAAAAGAAAAUCAUGUGGUCAUCCAAGUGAACCAGAAAAUGGCCGGUUGAUUGUACCAGACGAUCUCCUCUUUGGUUCUACCAUAAAUUAUACCUGUGAGCAAGGGCACAGGCUAAUCGGUCAGUCUUACCGACAAUGUGUGAUACUUGGCCGAAGAGUAGUUUGGAGUGGUGACAUUCCCCUCUGUCAGCGUAUUCCAUGUUUCCCACCACCAGAUAUCCCCCAUGGCAGGCGCACCGGGACACACAUAGAUGACUUCACGUAUGGGGAUUCUGUGACUUACACCUGUGAAAAAGGCUUCCCCCUUGUUGGAAAUGCCUCCAUUCACUGUACUACGAAGGAUGGGCUCAAUGGAGUGUGGAGUGGCCAUGCAUAUUGCGGAGUGACUCAAUGUCCAACUCCUGAAGUUGAGAAUGGAAGAAUAGUGGCUGGUGAUUCUGGCAAAUACACAUAUAACCACAGAGUGACAUUUGGCUGCAGUGCUGGCCACAUACUAGCUGGCUCGAGAGAGAUCCAUUGCCAAUUGGAUGGCACAUGGGACCCACCUCCACCUCGCUGUGAACGGGUACCACAGUGUUCCUUGCCACCAGACAUUGCCAAUGGAAAGCACAGUGGCAUUCCUGGGCAAAUCUUUACUUCCCAAAUGUCUGUGACUUACAUCUGUAAUUCUGGCUAUUCGCUAAUUGGAAAUGCCUCUGUUUCUUGUAUGGCUUCUGGACACUGGAGUCAUCCUCCACCUCGCUGUGAAGUCACUGGAUGUGCAAGUCCAAAAGUUCAGAAUGGAAGAAUAGCAAGAUCUCAAAUGCUGUUUAAGCCCAGGGACAGAAUUACAUUUGAAUGUGAUUCUGACUACAUCUUGAAAGGCAACCAUACAAUUCAGUGCCAAUCUGACGGCACAUGGAACCCUUCUGUGCCCAUCUGUGUCGAGGUGGUUCAAUGCCAGGCACCACCAUACAUCCAAAAUGGGACUCACAGCCACCAGGAAACAGCCGUGUUUACUGAUGGAAUGUCUGUGAACUACACUUGUGAGCCUGGCUACGCCCUUAUUGGCCAGGCAACGAUCUAUUGCACAGCAUCUGGCACAUGGUCAUCCCCAACCCCUCGCUGUGAAGCAAUGAGAUGCCACAGACCCCCAUAUGUCCAAAAUGCAAGGUACAGCUUCCAGGAAGGAACAGAUGGAAUAUCUGCGAAGUACACAUGUGAGCCUGGCUACACUGUUGUUGGAGAGGCAACUCUUGAUUGCCUGUCCUCUGGCGCAUGGAGUCUCCCUGCCCCUCGCUGUGAAGCGAGUAGCUGUGGCCCUCCAACUAGAUUAAGCUUCGCUGAGCUGGCCGAUGAGUAUAAAGAAAAACCUUCCUUUCCUGUUGGCUCGACUGUGAAGUAUGUGUGCAGGCCUGGCUAUGCUAAGCAUCCUGGAUUGAAGGCCUCGAUCACAUGCCUUAGCAGCCAGGAAUGGUCAGAAGUUCAGGAGUUCUGCAAAAGAAAAUCAUGUGGUCAUCCAAGUGAACCAGAAAAUGGCCGGUUGAUUGUACCAGACGAUCUCCUGUUUGGUUCUACCAUAAAUUAUACCUGUGAGCAAGGGCACAGGCUAAUUGGUCAGUCUUACCGACAAUGUGUGAUACUUGGCCGAAGAGUCGUUUGGAGUGGUGACAUUCCCCUCUGUCAGCGUAUUCCAUGUUUCCCACCACCAGAUAUCCCCCAUGGCAGGCGCACCGGGACACACAUAGAUGACUUCACGUAUGGGGAUUCUGUGACUUACACCUGUGAAAAAGGCUUCCCUCUUGUUGGAAAUGCCUCCAUUCACUGUACUACGAAGGAUGCGAUCAAUGGAGUGUGGAGUGGCCGUGCAUAUUGCGGAGUGGCUCGGUGUCCACCGCCUAAAGUUGAGAACGGAAAAAUAAUGGCCGGUGAUUCUGGCAAAUACACAUAUAACCACAGAGUGACAUUUGACUGCAGUGCUGGCCACGUACUAGCUGGCUCGAGAGAGAUUGAUUGCCAAGUGGAUGGCACAUGGGACCCACCUCCACCUCGUUGUGAACGGGUUUGUAUAAGCCCAGAAAUUCAGAAUGGAAGAAUAGCAAGAUCUCAAGCACCGAUUAAACUUGGGGACAGAAUUACAUUUGAAUGUGACCAUGGCUACAUCCUGAAAGGCAACCAUACAAUCCAGUGCCAAUCUGACAGCACAUGGAACCCUCCUGUGCCCAUCUGUGUCCGGGUGGUGAAAUGCCAGGCACUACCAUACAUCCAAAAUGGGAUUCACAGCAACCAGGAAAAAGCAGUAUUUACUGAUGGAAUGACUGUGAACUACACAUGUGAGCCUGGCUACGUCCUUAUUGGACAGGCAGUGAUCUAUUGCACAGCAUCUGGCACAUGGUCAUCCCCAGCCCCUCGCUGUGAAGUGAUGCAAUGCCACAACCCACCGUAUGUCCAAAAUGCAAUAUACAGCUUCCAGAAGGGAACAGAUGGAAUCUCUGUGAAAUACACAUGUGAGCCUGGCUAUAUGGUUGUUGGAGAAGCAACUCUUGAUUGCAUGGCAUCCGGAGCAUGGAGUCUCCCUGCUCCUCACUGUGAAGUAGGUCGUUGUGGCCCCCCAACUAGGUUAAGCUUUGCUGAACUAGCUGAUAAGUAUAAAGGAAGUGAUUCCUUUCCUGUUGGCUCAACUGUGAAUUACGUAUGCCGACCUGGCUAUGCUAAACAUCCUGGACUGAAGGCCUCUCUCACAUGCCUUAGAAAUCAGGAGUGGUCAGAAGUUCGGGAAUUCUGUAAAAGAAAAUCAUGUGGUUACCCAGGAGAACCAGAUAAUGGCCGGCUGAUUGUACCAGAAGAUACUCUCCUUGGCUCAACUGUAAACUACACAUGUGAGGAUGGGCACAAGCUAAUUGGUCAGGCUUAUAGACAAUGUGUGAUAUCUGGCCGAAAGACAGAGUGGACUGGUAGCAUUCCCUUUUGUCAGCGUAUUUCUUGUUAUCCACCACCAAAUAUUCCCCACGGCAAGCAUUCUGGCACACAUAUAGAUUCUUUCACCUAUGGGGAUUCUGUGACUUACACCUGUGAAAAAGGCUACCCCCUUGUUGGAAAGGCCUCCAUUCACUGUACUACUAAGGAUGGGAUCAAUGGAGUGUGGAGUGGCCAUCCAUAUUGCGGAGUGGCUUGGUGUCCACCUCCUGAAGUUGAGAAUGGAAGAAUAGUGGCCGGUGAUUCUGACACCUACACAUAUAAUCACAGAGUGACUUUUGGCUGCAGUGCUGGGCACGUACUGGCUGGCUCAAAAGAGAUCCAUUGCCAAGUGGAUGGCACAUGGGACCCACCUCCACCUCGCUGCAAACAGGUACCACAGUGUUCCUUGCCUCCAGACAUAGCCAAUGGAAAGCACAGUGGUAUUGCUGGGCAAAUCUUUACUUCUGUUACUUACUCUUGUGAUCCUGGCUAUUCACUUAUUGGAAAAGCCUCUGUUUCUUGUAUGGCUUCUGGGGACUGGAGUCGUCCUCUGCCUCACUGUGAAGCAGUGCAGUGCUCCACACCUCAAAUGAUUGCCAAUGGCAAAUACAACAGUCAGGAAUCAGAAGUUUUUACUAAGGGGAUGUUUGUAAAAUAUAGCUGUGAGCCUGGUUACCAUCUUCUAGGAGAGGCAACAAUUUAUUGUACAGAGUCUGGGUCUUGGAAUUCCUCAGCACCCACAUGUGAAGUAUUGCAGUGUUUUCCUCCUCCAUCUCUUCUCAAUGGUGAUCACAAUGGCUGGAGCUUGACCAAAUUUGCUAUUGGAACAUAUGUAAAUUAUACCUGUAACCGUGGCUACUUCCUACGUGGAAAGACUUCCAUUCACUGUACAAUUUCAGGAGCCUGGAGUCAGCCCCUACCCCAAUGUGAAGCUAUGCACUGUCCACCCCCACCAAGUAUUGUUCAUGGAGAGUACGUUGGAAAAAACUUCACAUAUGGGAAUUCUGUUAUAUACAUUUGUGAUGAGGGCUAUUCACUUGCUGGAGAGAGUUUGGUCACCUGUAUUUUAGAAGGCUCAAACACUGCAAACUGGAGUGAACCCCCAAAAUGCAAAGUAUUGCAGUGUCCUUCUCCUCCAUUUCUUCUCAAUGGUGAUCACAAUGGCCGGAGCUUGACCAAAUUUGCUAUUGGAACAUAUGUAAAUUAUACCUGUAACCAUGGCUACUUCCUACGUGGAAAGACUUCCAUUCACUGUACAAUUUCAGGAGCCUGGAGUCAGCCCCUACCCCAAUGUGAAGUAGGUAGCUGUGGCCCCCCUGCUAGGUUAAACUUUGCUGAGCUAGCCAAUGAGUAUAAAGAAAAGAAUUCUUUUCCUAUUGGCUCAACUGUGAACUAUGUGUGCCGACCUGGCUAUGCUGAACAUCUGAAGAGGAGCAACUCAAUCACAUGCCUUAGAAGCCAAGAGUGGUCCAAAGUACAGGAGUUCUGUAAAAAAAAAUCAUGUGGUUAUCCAGAAGAACCAGACAAUGGCCAUUUGAUUGUACCAAAAGAUCUUCUCCUUGGUUCCACUGUAAGUUACACCUGUGAGGAAGGGCACAGGCUAAUUGGUCAGUCUUACAGACAGUGUGUGAUAUUCGGCCCAAAGGUAGCAUGGACUGGUAAUGUUCCCUUUUGUAAGCGCAUUUCAUGUAAUCCACCACCAGAUAUUCCCCAUGGCAAGCGCUCUAGCACACAUAUAGAUGACUUCACGUAUGGGGCAGCUGUGACUUAUACCUGUGAAAAGGGCUUCUCCCUUGUUGGAAACGCCUCCAUUUACUGUACUACUCAAGAUGGGAUCAAUGGAGUGUGGAGUGGCCGUGCAUAUUGUAGAGUACCCCAGUGUCCCUUGCCUCCAGACAUUGACAAUGGAAAGCACAGUGGUAUUGCUGGACAAGUCUUUGUUUUUAAUACAUCUGUGACUUACAUUUGUGAUCCUGGCUAUUCACUUAUUGGAAAAGCCUCUAUUUCCUGUAUGGCUUCUGGAGAUUGGAGUCAUCCUCUACCUCAAUGUAAAGAAAAUACUGUUUCUGAAAUUGCACCAGCUCGUCAGUUCUCUUCUGUAUCACGGUGCUUCUCCCCACCAGACAUUGAUAACGGGCGUCGUCAUGGUCAGGACUUGGAUCUUUUCUCAGCUGGAACAGUUGUAAGAUAUAGCUGUCUUACAGGUUAUAUCCUUAUUGGAAAAGCAUCUAUCAGUUGUACAGAGUCUGGUGCAUGGAGCCUCCCUCUUCCUCACUGUGAAGUUAUGCAUUGUCCACCACCCCCGGCAAUUGUCCAUGGAACUUAUAUUGGAAACAAUUUUACUUAUGGAAAUUACAUUGAAUACAUUUGUGAUGAUGGCUAUUCCCUUGUUGGAGAGCAUGAGGUUACCUGUAUUUUAGAAGGCUCAAGCACUGCAAAUUGGAGUGAACCCCCAAGUUGCAAAGCAAUUGCCUGCAUCCUCCCACAGAUUUCUGGAGGCAAGGUGGCAGAAGCAGGUACUGUGUUUCAGGUUGGAGAUUAUGUGACCCUGGAAUGUGAAGAUGGUUAUAUCUUGGAAGGUAGCCCUUACGCUCAGUGUCAGCAAGAUUUCACAUGGGAUUCUCCUGUGCCAGUUUGUAAACCAGGUUUCUACAUCUCCACUCUCAUAGGCAUCGGAUCUCUGACUGGUGUCCUACUGCUAUUGGUUAUUUGUGGUAUCAUCUGGAUUACUGUUUUGAAGAGUAACAAAGCCAAAUAUAGUCCUGCAAGUCGUCAAGAAAUAUCUGAGAACACAGACGGUCAAGUAUAAUAUUGCUUCAACAUACAACUCUGAGGAAAGGUUCAUUUUCACAGUACUAGAUCGAAAAAUUACUUUCAACUUCUUUAUGGAUUAUAGUUCAGUUCUUCAUUACGUAGAACAUUAAGUUUAUGUGGCAGCUUUUUCUAUGGACUCCAGCUGGACUCCUAUUCUAACAAAAGUACUUUUAAUGACCUAUUCCUAGUAUAAUGUUUAAUUGGACCUAGUGAGGAGACAUCUCAACCAAUUUGCUGUUGCAAAUAAGUACUGCCCGUUAUGCUAUUGCUGGAUGGACUGAUGCUGGACUCUCUUCAGCUUCUUUUUUAUUUUUAGAAGAGUAAAAGUUGCACUCCAGAAGAGACACCUUCCAAAUUAUUUCAUUGUCUUUUCUUUGAAAGCUGGCGAAGAGAGAAUGUAUACAGUCAAAGAAACAUAUAUUUGAAGUGUGAAUUUGUUUUUAAUUUUUAAAUUCCUGUUUGAAUUUCUUAUAUUUGUUGUAAACCUGUAAAUUUGGAGCAGUAUACAAAUUCACUAAAUAAAGCAUUUUUCUACAAA